CAUUUAGGGGGAUCUAUCAAUCAAACGGAGACCGAUGGGGCCCGAAGAGCAUACGUUCGUAACCUUUGCCCACCAACGUUAACCUUAGAAAAAAUCCGCUCGCCAAUAUCCUUGGUGCCAAGGGGGCCCUCGUCGCAGGCAUCACUCGAAGUUCGCGCUGCCGGAAGAAGAGCGGUUAAUACAUUAGCCGGAAACGCGAUGAACAACUCUUUGGUGAUUCUUCAUUUUAACGACGUUUACAAUGUCGAGCCAUCCGGCAGGGAACCAGUUGGUGGUGCAGCCAGAUUUUGUACAGCAAUCAAAAGCUUCCAACAUCUUAAUCCUUUAGUAUUAUUUAGUGGUGAUGCUUUCUCGCCAAGCAUGCUUAGUACGUUUACAAAAGGUGAACAAAUGGUGCCAGUUUUAAACGAUGUCGGUACUCAUUGUGCGGUUCUUGGUAAUCACGAUUUUGAUCAUGGUUUAGAAGUACUCUCUCAAUGGGUCGCGCAAACUCAAUUUCCAUGGUUAAUGUCUAAUGUGUUAGAUAAUGAAACGGGGCGCCCUUUAGGCGAAGGACGAAUAACUCACGUUGUUCAUUGGGCUGGGAAAAGAAUAGGUUUGGUUGGGUUGGUUGAAAGAGAAUGGUUGGACACUUUGGCGACGAUAAAUCCAGAAGAAGUAACGUUUUUGGAUUUUGUUGAAGCCGGAACUAAAUUGGCUGUACAAUUAAAACAAGAAGGUUGUGAUUACGUAAUAGCCUUAACACACAUGAGAACACCAAACGAUAUUAAACUAGCUGAAAAUUGCGACGAAAUCGACUUAAUAUUAGGCGGUCACGAUCACGUCUACGAAAUAAAAGACGUUAACAGUCGUUUGAUUAUAAAAAGCGGCACUGAUUUUAGGCAGUUUAGCAAAGUGACCAUUCAUUUUGAUAAAUUUAAUUCAAACGGAAAACCACUUGUUACUGUGGAAGAAAUUAAUGUUACAUCACAAUAUGAGGAAGAUCCCAAAUUAAACGAAAAAUUAGAGAAAUAUACUAGUAUGGUUGAAGGAAAAAUGGAUGAGAUUCUUGGUUGUUUUACGGUACCUUUAGAUGGAAGAUUUUCAGCCAUUCGAACGGGCGAGUCUAAUUUAGGAAAUUGGGUUUGUGAUGUUGUAUUAGCAGCAACCGGUGCUGAUUUAGUGGUUCUAAACUCAGGAACGUUUCGUUCAGAUCAAGUCCACCCAGCAGGAGAAUUCACAAUGCGCGAUCUCGUUAAUGUAAUCCCAAUGAGAGAUCCUUUAACAGUUUUAUUAAUAUCAGGAAAAACACUUAUUGAUGUCUUAGAAAAUGGAGUUAAAAUGUACCCAAAAUUAGAAGGUCGAUUUCCCCAAGUAGCCGGGCUUAGUUUCGCUUUUGAUCCAAGAAAACCACCCGGAUCCCGAGUUGAUAAACGCUUCAUCCGAAUCGGGGAUGAAUACAUCAACGAGGAUCAAAUGUAUAGGCUUGCAACGAAAAGUUAUUUAAAAUCAGGAUGUGAUGGAUAUGUUAUGCUAAGAAAUGCAGCUGUUGAUUUAGACGAAGAUGUUUGUCCAGAAUUGGGGUUAGCGAUUCAAAAUCAUUUUCAAGCCAUUAAUAUCAGACAGGGCAAAACAAAAAAGCUUUCGAAACAUCGACAAUCGUUGGUUACAUUGUCACGAAGACAUAGUUUAGUGAAAAUGUUGGAUGGAACUGAAUUAGAUGGGCCUCCACCUUUACGUAGAUCUAGUACUGUUGAAGUUAAUCCGCAACAAACAACCCGAUUAACCAGAAGGGCUUCUUUAGAUGAUUUAGAACAAGAAUCUUGUCAGUUAACUCCAAAACUUGAGCAACGAAUUAUAAUUAUUAACAACGAUGAAAAACUUCAAGAAUUAGAACUUCUCAAGCAAAGGCUAGAACAAGACGCUGUUAUACAAGAAGUAGACGAAUGUUCACCUCAAAAUUGAUUACAAAAUUAGGUUAUGAAUAUGAUAAGUAAAAAGUGCACAAUGUAGCGCAAAAUUUUGUUAAAGUACAAUAUUUUAACAAUAGGAACUUUAAAGGUGUGUGAAUGCUCUGAAAAGUUUUUUUUUAAUACCGUUAGAAAAGCUGACAAAAAAGACAAAAGCCAAUUACAGUUCGCCUUAACGUCUUUAGAUAUUUCUCGUUGAUAAUUAUAUAAUAUGUAUUACGAAAAUGCGUAGCUUUUUACAUUUAAAUGAUUUUUUUGAUUAUUAUAUAACUAUAUUCCAACAUU